CCGGAGUUCGGUUUCUGUUUCACAUUACACCUGGUUGUGGGAUGUCGUCGAUCGUGUAUUUCAAGUUCAAAGCAAAUGUAAAAACAGACUCUGUUUCGUUCGAUGGAUCUUCUAUUUCUGUGAAAGAUCUUAAAAAUGCCAUUCGAACAAAGUGUUGUUUGUAUUCGACUGAUUUUGAUCUCAAACUAGAAGACACUAAUGGGAAAGUCUAUUCCAAAGAUGAUGAAUUGAUUCCGAAGUACUCAAGUAUUGUGGUGCGACGUGUCCCACGUUUAGUUGCAGAAAUUCAAAAAAAGAAACAAAUGGGUCCAGAUGAUGUAACGUGGAGAGAGUUGCAAAAGAAUCAUACUGCCGCAUCCGAAUCAUCACAUGGUUCUAAACUUAUCAAUUUAGCGGAUUCUGACCUUUCUGAAGAAGAGAAAAUCAAACUAAUGAUGGAGAGAUCCUCAGAGACUUACUCAGAGACCAAUUUUGCUGUACGAGCCAAGCCAUAUGGGGUCCCUCCGGCUGCUUAUGUUUGUCACAAAUGUAAUCAGCCAGGACAUUGGAUUCACAAUUGUCCUGGGGUACGUGAUAAGACCGGGAAAGUAAUGGAUGCCAAGUCAAUCAAAAGGCCGACAGGUAUUCCACAGGACUUUCUUCUGGAAGUUGCAGCUGGAACUCCAGGUGCAUAUUUAGGAAAAUCCGGGAAGUACAUGGUGCCUAUUAAAGACGCUGAGGCAUAUGCCCAGGGCAAAAAAGAUAAAAGGCCGUUUUCUGUUGAAGAAAACCCUCCAUACGUUCCUCAGGAAAGAAAUCCUCCGAAGCAACUUGUGUGUCCGUUGUGUAAUAAGCUAUUCAGCGAUGCAGUUUUAGUAUCCUGUUGUGGAACAACCUAUUGUAACGAGUGCAUCAUGGGUCAUGUUUUUGAUUCUCAAGUUUUGGGUUCCCAUAAGUGUCCUAACUGUGAUGCGGUGCUGACAGACCAUGAGUCAAGUGUCUUUGAAAAUGCUCUUGUGCGAAGUUUGAUUCGUGACUGGCUUGCCGAUGAAUCUAAAAUAGUGGAUCCAGAAGUAGUUAUCCCUGGAGAUAUAUCAAAGUUCAGUGAAAACGAUACGACAUUCGUUAACUGUCGCCGCGUUCUGAAACCAAAACAAGCAACGGCCAACAUCCCUACACUCAAACUUGGAAGUACAACUGCAGUGGAAUCAAAUCAAGUUCAGAAGAUGCAACCAAUUGUUUCAGAAUCUAAUUCUAUUGUUAAAAAUGAACAUACUGAUUUACUUUUGAACUUACCCUCUGAAACACCCCAGAGCACAAACUCUGUGACAUUUUCUACUCUUUCAUCUUUUGAUUAUGUUCGUGUUUCUGAAAUGACUACUUCUGUUGUAACGAACAAUACAAAUGCUACUGUGGUCACAAGUUCUCCUUGUACCACUAUGGUGGGAAAUAACAGACAGAAUCUGUUACCCACCACUUGUCUUUCAAACACACAAAUUCCUUGUUUGAGUUAUACUAGUUCUACUGCUGUAAUGCCUACUUUACUCCCAGGUGUUAAUGGUGGUGGUAAUCCCCUUCUUAAUGCGCUUUAUAGUAUACGGUUAGAUGACUUACAGGCUCCAUUGGUUGCUCCCUCUACUAUUUUGCCAGCCACUUACGGAUCGCUUGUUGGCGAUCCUGAGUGGACAGCUGAGACAGCUUUGGCUGCGUCAGCAGCUCAGAGUGCAGGUCUAGUUGAUCCAGUAAUACAAGUCAAUAAUAAUCAGGUCGCCUUCGGGCUAGUCCCUGGGCAGUCUAUCCCUGGCACGAUGCCCACAGCUUUAUCCGCACCUGUUGAAACACUAAAUGGACACAAAAUGCUUUCAAAAGAAGAGUUCUAUCGGUUGAAAAUGGAAGUUCUCCAUUCAGCUCGUAGAAGGCAUCGUCACCGCACCCAUUCACGUAGUCCUGGUUAUGUACAUCGAGCCGAACGAAUUUAUGGAGAUUCUUCGCACCAUCGACGUGGUUAUGAUAGAGAAGAGCGAGAGAAACGACCUCGACACUAUUCACCUGUUAAUUACGAGAGUGAACGUAGUCGUUGCCGACACCGUUACGCUGAUGAAUAUGAAUCUCAUCGUGACAGAAGUGGGACUCACCGUCAUCACUACCGCCCUACUUUCUUUCAAGAUCUUGACGACCGGAGACGUCAUUAUUCACGAGGCCAUCCGCACAGUCCCGAACACCGGUACAGGCGAUCACCAAGACAGUCACCAUCAAGUAAAGAUGAUUGGUAUGGGUACAAAGGUCGGAGAUGUAGCCUUUCUCCCAUCACACAUGAACCCUCGGAUCCACGCAGAUGUCGGGAACCACAUGUUGGUAGUGGACAUUAUGAUGAAUUUCUCGGUAGACGUAAAAGAAGUCGAACACCCAUGUCUGUUGUCCCUCAGUAUGAUGUCUCUGAUCCGGAAUCUAUUGGACCUAGAAAUCCUUCUCUGCCAAGAGAUACAUCUCAGAGGCAGUUUGAUAUACCUGGACCAAAUCAAAUAUUAGAUAAUUUCAAUCGUGUUUCACAUAAUUUAUCAUGUGAAACGUUUUCUGGUGACUCAACAAAACAAUCCCCCAUUUCUCUGGAUCCUAAUAAUGAUCUCAUCUGCAAAGAUGAAUGCUUAAUAGGACACUCUGUUGUCAGUAGAAUUAUUAGUAAUGAUGAAUCAUUUGUACCUCACAUAAAGAAGGUUAAAGUUAAGAAAGAGAAAAAGCAUAAGAAGCAUAAACACAAACAUUCUGACAAAAGGUAACUAUUAUUUACUUUGUUACAUAAUAAUAUAUUAGGGCUUGUAUUCAACUCGACGAUUCAACUAAUCAACUAUUUAUGAAUCCAGGUGACACAGUAUCUUGUUCUAAUAUUGAUGUAUCUGAUAAGAAGCAUGCAAAGAAACACAAGAAACAUAAGAAACAUAAACAUGGAAAUAAAGAAGACAAGAAACAAGUUAACUCAGAUGUAAAUUCAUCAGUACAAUGUAUAAGUCUAGAUAAAAUCAAUGUAAAUGAGCUUAGCUAAUAAACUCUUCUAGUUCUUUCCAUGUACAUAGGUUUUGAAGAACAUGUAUAUAAUGUCUAGAUUAUCAUGAUCAAGUUUACGAAUUUACUGGACUUCAUAAUUUUAAAUAAAUUAUUUUUUAUCAUGAAUAAA